CAUAGAAAUAGUGCAACGCACAGGCUUUACCAACAUGGUGACAUUAUGUCCUGUAGCUGUGAGCUUCUAAUGUAAUAUUAAUGUGAAGGCUACCAUCUGCUGCACCGUCUUCGUCUCACAGGCUCCGCUGCAGCUCACUAAUUAUUACACCAACGACAUUUCUCAUGAAUGAAUGAAUAAUAAACACCAUAUGGAAAAUUAACACUUAACCUCAUGCAUGUGUAAAUACGCGUGUUGGUUGUGAACGUGCAUGCGAGGCGCUGCUGGGUCAAAGCGGCAUGUAGGUGCUGCCUGUGACCCGAUAUUUAUAGUGCGAGAGGUAUAAAUAGCUGCAGCCGGGCCGGCUGUACUGUUGUAAAAGCCAGCGGAGACACACGGCCGUUUCCCUGAAGGUAAACACCACUGAAAGGAAUCUCAGCAGGCUUGUUUUGGCUGCGGUGUUCAGUCCCUGUCUGAGGCACGUGGUCCGUAAAGCGGCUCUCGGGUGUUUUUAACGUCGACCCUCUCCGGACCGACAGAUGAACACAGAGACAGAAGAUGAGUUUCACCCGUCCGAGGACGACCUGGACGAGGACGAGGCGACGCAGUACAUCAUUGAACAGAGUCUGAUUGAGUACAGAAAGCUCAAAGGGUUGAAUCCGAGUGAUCUGACGCCCAGUGACGACCCGGACGAGAUCUUCAAGUCAAUCAAGGAGGGGGACAAAGACGCGCUGAACCGACUGGCGGCGCAAACGGAGACUCUGUCCAGAGUGGACGAGCGAGGAUGGAUCCCGCUGCACGAGGCCUCGGCCAACGACGACCGAAGGGUCCUGGAGAUCGUCUUCUCAGCGUCACCCCCGGGCGCAGCCCAGUGUCGCACCCUGAAGGGGGAGACGCCGCUGUUUCUGGCCGUGGUCCGCGGACUCCGAGAGAACGCCACCUUCCUGCUGCAGAACGCCUGCAGCCCGGAUCUCCAGAACGACGAGCGGGAUUCUCCGCUGGUGGCAGCCAUUCUGAACGACCAGUACGACCUGGCGACGCUGCUGCUGCGCUACGGUGCCCGAGUGGACCAAACGGGGCCGCUGAACCGGACCGCUCUGCACGAGUCGGCCUUUUUGGGCCUGGAGAACUUUGUCUAUCUGCUCCUGGAAUCUGGUGCCGACCCGAACGCGUGUGACAUCACAGAGAAAACUCCACUGGCUCUGGCUGCGCGGAACGGGCAUCUGAACGUGGUGGAGUUCCUCUUACAAAAAGGAGCCCGUGUGGGCAGCGACUCAGAGUCCGGCGGGAUCUUGUUCGAUGCCGCGGCAUCAGGAAACCCCGACAUCAUCUCCUCGCUGCUGGACCACGGAGCCGAUCCCAACCUGCCUCUGUGCGGCGGGCACCUGCCGCUGCACCGCGUGGCCUACCACGGGCACGUCCUGGCACUGGAGCACCUCAUCCCAGUCACCACGCUGGAGGCCGUGAAGGAGAGCGGCAUGAGUCCCCUUCACUCUGCCGCCGCCGGGGGCCACGCCCACUGCCUGGAGGCGCUCCUCAAAGCCGGCUACGACCCCAACUUCAUGCUGCACCCGAGGGUGCGCCGCGACUACCAGGAUGAGCGCAGGUCCGCCCUCUUCUUCGCCGUGUCCAACAACGACCUGCAGUGCACCCGCUUGCUGCUGGAGGCCGGGGCGAUGGUGAACCAGGAUCCCAUCACCUGUCUGCAGGCGGCCCUCAGGCAGGGCAACUACGAGCUCAUCAACACGUUGCUGAAGUUCGGGGCCAACGUGAACUACUACUCCCGCAUCAACACCACCCACUUCCCCUCGGCGCUGCAGUACGCGCUGAAAGACGAGGUCAUGCUCAGGAUGAUCCUGAACCACGGGUACGACGUCAAGCGUUGCUUUGACUGUCCGUACGGCGACGGUUCCCACGACUACGCUCCGUGGACGACCUCGGUCAUCAAAGACAUGGUGUUCUGUGAGGUGAUAACGGUGUCGUGGCUGAAGCACUUAUCUGCCCAGGUGGUGCUCAUCAUGCUGGACUACACCGACCAUGUCUCCUUCUGCACCAAACUUAGGGACACCCUGGAGGAGCAGAGACAGUGGACGGAGAUCUGUCAAGUUCAACGAAACGCGCGGGGCCUGAAGCACCUGUGUCGGUUGCGGAUAAGAGAGCAUCUCAGUCACCUGCGCCUGAGAGCCCCGGUUUUCAUCGGCUUCCUUCCUCUUCCUCAGAGGCUGAGAGAUUACUUGCGCUACAAGGAGUUCGACGUCUACAGCAGGGGCAGCCUCGUUCCCCCGCACUGAAGACACAUUUACUGUCGCCACGGAUACCAACUGCGACAUAGGCAGGAAGUGAGGUCGCCACGCAUAAGGAUUCAAGGACCAUUUGCUGUCAUUAUGCGACACAGGGACGCACAGCAGAGUGCGGUUGUAGCUCGUUUGCAACACAAAAAACACGACAAAUAAUAGAGAAGUAUGUUCCUGUAGUGCGUUUUUGAAAUUUGUAUCAUAAGGAAUUUAAACGACAGCAAAAAAAACAACUCUCUGGGGGAUAAUACAGCCAACAUUUUUACAUUAACGUUUCCCCCCCCCCCUGUUUUACAUUGAUAUUGUGGGUGUUCAUAUAGUUUUCACGUACAGGUGACUUUAUGCCAUGCAGUUCUAUUUAUUGGCCAAAAGGUCGCAUGUAUGCUGUAUUAUAAUUAUCCUUCUAAAGUCUUAUUGCAGUUAAGAGUUAUUUCAUAAUGUGAAUACAGGAAAAUUGGCAUGAGAGCAUGUAAUGAUUAUUCUUUGAAAACGUAAUUAAAAACAUUUAAAAUGG